AUGAGUUUUGCCAUCGAGGUGCCUGGCGAGGCGGUUCCGUUCAAUAUCCCGGACCUUUGCAAGGCCUUGCAGGCCGGCACCUCAUCCGAUCACAACCAACGACAAUCGGCAACGCAACAGCUCGACGAAUGGAAAACCCACCCGGGCUUUUAUUCUGCCCUGCAGAGUGUGUACCUCGAGUACUCUCUCCCCAGCAGUGUCCGGCUGCUUGCCAUUAUCAUGCUGAAAAAUGGCAUCGACCGCGACUGGAGAGGGGCUGCCAACGCCCGGGGUGGCAUCCAGCCGGACGAAAAGGCCCGCAUACGAGCAAGGCUAUUUGAGGGCACCAUCCGCGAAGAAGACAGGACCCUGGCCCGGCAGAGCGCCGUCCUCACCGCAAAGGUCGUCCGCAUUGACUACCCGCAGGAAUGGCCCACGGCGCUGCCCGAGAUCGUCUCCAUUCUCCGCAGCGUCAAAGACUCGAGCCACGUGCAGCUGCACGGUACGGUUCUGCUGCUCCUCCGCGUCAUCAAGGAGCUGUCGACGGCCCGGCUGCGCCGGUCUGCCCUGCAGCAGAUGGCCGAGGAGAUCCUGUACCUCCUCAUCGAGGUGUACCGGGCCACAACGGACAUCUGGGUCGACUGCCUGGUGCGCGAAAACUAUUCGGCCGUUGCCGUGGACUAUGCCGUCGAGAACAGCCUACACGCGCUCAAGGCCAUUCGCCACCUGGUCGUCAACGGCUUCGACAACCCGGCCCACUCGCCGCUCGUCCAGCAGUUCUGGGGGCUGUCGCACUCCAACUUCGAAUCGUUCAUCAGCUACAUACACCCGGAAACGGACACUCCACCACCACACCAGGAGGUCAUUGGCAGGCACAUCUUGCAGCUCGCCAAGCUGCACAUUGCCGUGUGCGACGCCCACCCGGCCAGCUUUGCCCUCCUGCCCAACUCGGUCGUGCUCGUGCACGUCUACUGGGACCUGGUCUCGAGCUUUGCCAACAUGUACACGUCGUCGGCCGGUCUCCGGCCAGGCGGCGGCAGCGCGCGCAUGGCCAAACCGAAAGUGGAGGGCCCUUUCUUUGAGCAGCUUGCGCUCAAAGGUCUGCUGCUGCUGAAGAGCUGUCACCAGAUCAUCAGCCGGCCCAUGGUCGCGUUUAAGAACCGCGACGAGCAGACGCGGCGAGAGCAGGCUCAAGGCAAGCAGAUUAUCGAGACACAGCUCUUCACCAGCGAAUUCAUGCUGGUCGUUGUGGACGUGAUUGUCAGCAAGCUCUUCGUCUUCCGCCAGUCGGAUCUGGCCGCCUGGGACGAGGACCCGGAAGAAUGGGAGGCGGAAGAAAGCGAGUCCGGCUCGGCGUGGGAAUGGCAGGUCCGGCCCUGUGCUGAGAAGCUGUUUCUGGGCCUGCUGAUCAAGAACAAGAGCAUGCUGGUGCAGCCGCUGCUGGCAUACUUUGACCGAACGAUGAAUGGUUCGAUGGACCUGCUCACAAAGGAGGCCGUGUACACGGCCAUGGGAAACGCCGCCGUGGCCAUCGAGGGCAUGUUUGACUUUGACAGCUUUGUGGCGUCGACCCUGGUCCAGGACGCACAGUCACAGUUCGAGCUGGCCCGGGUGCUUCGGCGGCGCGUCGCCAUGCUCCUCUCGGCCUGGGCGUUUCACGAACUGAAGCCAGACGCCACGCGGGCGGUGUACUCGAUCUCAGCCCACCUCCUGAAUGCGAGCGACCCGGCCAACGACCUGGUGGUGCGGCUCACGGCGGCGCGGCAGAUCAAGGCCACGGCCAACAUCGCCUUCUCGGCCGAGGCGUUUGACCCGUUCUCGACCGGCAUCUUCUCGUCCCUGAUGCAGCUCCUGCAGGAGGUGGAGAACGAGGAGACGAAGCUGGCGGUGCUGGACACGAUUCGCGUACUCAUCGAGCGGAUGGAGACUACGGCAGCACGAUUCAGCGACAGCGUGGUGGCGGCGCUGCCGGCUGUGUGGGAGUCAGCCGGGCCGGAGACGUACAUGAUCAAGCAGUCGGUGCUGGCGAUCAUCUCCAGCCUCGUGAUGGCGCUGCAGGCGGCGUCACAGCGGUACCACGAGCUGAUCCUGCCGCUGAUUGCAGAUGCGGUGAACCCGAGCUCAUCCGUGCACGAGCACCUGCUGGACGAGGGCCUGGACCUGUGGUGCAGCGUGAUGACCAUGUCGUCGUCGCCGCUGUCGGAGAACCUGGUCGGCCUGCUGUUGAGGGUGGUGCCACUGCUAGAGUAUGAUUCGCCGGUGGUGGAGACGUGUUUGCGGAUCACGAAUGCGUACAUUGUGUUGGAGCCGUCGACAGCCCUGUCAGAGCAGUUCCGGAAGCCGGUACUGAACGGGCUGGCCUGUGCAAUGGAGACGACACGAACCGAACAGGUACAGGAGGCAGCGGCAGUGAUGCGCCACCUGGUGCAGGAGGCGCAGGUGCUGGGCGGCUCGGAGGGUGUGUCGUUGAUCGUGCAGGACCUGCGGGAGACGGGCUUCCUGGAACGGAUGCUAAAACGAAUCCACGGAGCGUGGGAGGCACACCAGUCGACGGGGCCCAAGGCGAAGCAGAGCCCGAUCGGACCGACGACGGAGAUCCAAUACUACAGCAUUCUCGGCUGGGUAGCACUGGCAGAUCCGAGGGUGUUUGUGCAGUCGAUCCUGUGCUCGACGAACGAUGCGGCCUCGGUCUGGAGCUGGCUGGGAGCAGAGUGGUUCGGCAUCUUUGAGAUGAUGGGCAGCUCGGAGCACCUCAAGCUGUCGUGUCUGGGGCUGACACGGCUGUGCGAACUGGCGGAGCCGAUGCAGGGCCUGGUGCUGGGUCGGCUGCAGGACUACUUCUCGAUGUGGACAAGCACGGUGGCGGACGCACAGGGCGACGCGACGCAGCCGGACUGCUACGUGUGGGAUGGGCCGCCGACGACAGAGUACGACACGCCGCUGCAGACGGCCGAGAACGCGCUGGCGGCCAAAGAGCCGGUGCACACGGAGCGGACCUUUGACUUUGUGCUGCUGCGGCUGCAGAGUUUGGUGGCACAGUGUGGCGGCGAGCAGCAGUUUGAGGCCGAAUGGGCCGUGAACGUGGACGUGGACGUGUUGGCGGGAUUCCGGGAGUUGUCGCAGCCACGGAAGGAGUAG